AUGUUCUCUGUCCGCCACCUUGGUCUCGUCGCUGCGCUCUUCACGCUCUCUGCGCAAGCGCUGCAAAGCCCAACCAGGCGGUACGCCAUUGGCCCGUUCGCUGCACGUGCGCCACUCGCCGGUUCGCUCAUCGGCGGCCUCCUCGCAGCCCGCCAGGAAUGUGGCGAGUUCUGCGGGGCAGGCGACUGCUGUCCCCCCGGUUCCACCUGUGACCCCGCGGGUGGCUGCUGCCCGACUACCGCCGCAGGAGGUUGCGCCGGCCCGCCCAUCGCCUGCCCCGCCGACGGAAGCGUCGUUUGCGGGGCUAACUGCUGCCCCGUUGGCCAAGCCUGCUCGGAAGACAACGUCUGCGGCCCGGCGGGGGGCAGCGUCAGUGUUGGCCCGAGCGUGAGCAGCGCCGGCCCAAGCAGCAGCGUGCGCCCGAGCUCUGCUGCACCGAGCGCCUCCAGCAUCACGCGCCCGGCCUCUAACGCCGCCCCGGCGACCGCAACGGCCACGGUGACGCAAACGCGCCCCGGCGCGGGAAACUCUGCUCGUGGGGUGCACGUAGGUGCAGUGGGAUGGAUGUGUGUCGCUGCAGCGGGCGUGUUUGCUGCAAAUGUGUUGUAA